AUUAUCAGAAGCUUUAUUCAACAUUAUAUUUUUGGUACAAUAUAGAAUUCUCAGCAUAAAGUAUUUGAACAAGUUUCCUUUUCUUAUAUCUUGAUCGAUUUUGACGAUAAAUUUUGAAUGAUGACCAGUUAGAUGUUAUGAGUUCGGUAAUCCACAUUUGAUUAAUGUUCAUUCGUUUCAAUGCAUAUUGACACCCACUAUGAUGUCGCUGAUUGUACCUUUUUGUAUCCCGUAUAGCGAAAGGUUGUAAACUUUUCAUAAACGCGCCUGAAUAGAUUGUGAGCACAAUAGACAUAAUGAUAUGCUAAAACAAACAAGAAAACAGAUAACUUGAUGAAAUAUCUAGAUCGGUAGAACAGGUAGCCCAGAUAUUCAAGCAGGCCGCCACGUACUCAAAUAAGUAGUGAAUGUAAAUGAAAUUGAUCUAACUAAAGUUACUUCAAUUUUCCAAAACAAAUAUUACAAAUACUCCAAAGAUUAUAGACCUCACCCUCACCGCUAAAUCUCAAUUUGUAAAUGAAAUAACGAUUUUACCCAUUCAUAUGUGUAACUAUGAAAUAAUUAAAUAGUUUUAUUAUCAUUAUUAUUAGUAGCAGUAUUAAUUUACAGCGUUUUCUUUCUAUAGAGAAAUUACAGAUUCAAUGAAGAGUCAAAAGUCUAAUUCAAUAAACGAAUAUUCUUCUUUUACAAAUUUAUUAUUUCAACCACAUCAUUUAUCAGCUUUUUCAAUUCCAUCACCAAUAAAUAAAACACAAAAUGUUAUUAAACAAUCUACUAAUCAUGAAAAUCUUCCAAUAAUUAAUAAACAUUCAAAUUUAUCACGACAAAAUUGUAGUACAUCAAUAAAACAGUCUUCUAGUAGUAAUCCAAUACAAUUAAAUUUACAACCAUUUAUCAAAGAAAAUGACACAUUUAUUAAUCGAUCAUUUUAUGCUCAAUUAUAUAAUUUAAUGUGCUCAAAAUUACCAAAUAUAAUACCUUAUAGUAAUAAUAAUAAUAAUAAUAAUAAUAAUAAUAGUAAUAAUAGUCUAUCGAAUAAACCACGAUAUUCCCCUUAUCCAAUUCCAUCAGAUUUUGAAAGAAACAAAUUAGUACAUGUAUUCAACAAACCAUACUCUUCAACACAUUCCAAUAAAAUCAAUAUUAAUCAGAUUGAACAUGUAACCAACUUUGUACAAUGUUCCAAUAAUCCCGGUCAAUCUAAAAUACCGAUUUCAAAAGUUCAUGAACAUAAUAGUAAAAAGAAAACUUUAUCAUUGAAGAGAAAUAAAUCAACCAAUAAUAAUAGUAAUCAGUAUCAAAACUCAUCAAUAAAUCUAUAUUCAUUAAACCGAUGUAACAGUUGUCCAUCAGUAAUCAUUUCCAACUCAUCAUCAUCAUCAUCAUCAUCAUGUUACUUAAAUAAUCCCUGUAAAAAUUUAAAGUUUCGUAGUAUAAGUUAUGAUUCAUUAGUAUUAGAAAAACAAAAUAACUUGAAAAGAUUGAAUGAGUUAAAUAAUUUUCAAUAUAAUUCAUUGCAUAAUCAAUACUACUAUCAAUAUCCAUCAGAAAUGUCUUCAUCUUGUUCAAUACCUACUUCAUUACUAUUUAAUUCAUUGAAACAAAAUUUUAUCCAGAAUCAAUCUAUUAAACACAGUCAAUCCAAUGUAAAUAAUGACAGUAACUCAAUAAAUGGUAUAAAUUAUACUGAAACACCGGUAUCAUUUCUUAAGAAAUGUACUAAUGAGAUGAAUGAAGUAAAUAAUAUUCCUGAAGAAAAUAAUAAUAGUAAAUCAAUACAAACACCAAUACGUGAAACAUUUCUACAUUAUUACUGGGCAUAUUAUUAUGAAGAAUUAAUGCGUUAUUAUAUUCAACACCAAAUAUCAACAAUGAAUAAUUGUUCUGCUAAUUAUAGAAAUUCAAUGAAUACUACUAUAAUGACUACAACUGAUAAUUUACAAUCAUGUACAUAUUCUCAAUCGAAAUCAACCAUAAUGAAUGUCAAUAAGAAUAAUAACAAUUAUAAUAGUAAUAAUAACCUUAUUACUGACUCAUUGAGAUCACCUGUUACAACAUAUAAUACAGUGAAUUACAUUGAUCAUUCUAAAAACUAUGAUAAAUUGAAAAAUGUUAAUCCUAUGAAGAAUACUACUAAUACUACGACUACUACUACUACUAGUAGUAGUAGUAGUAGUAGUAGUAGUGGUGGUAGUAAUUAUUAUAAUAAUCAUCAAACUAGUGAAACAAUGAAUAGUUUUCAUGUACCAGAAAAAGUAAAAUUUGAGAAUUUAAUAAAUUUACAAAAUAAUUGUGUUUCAUCAUAUAGACAAAAUGAUCUAAUAUGUAAUAAAAAUUAUAUGCCGAAUUCUCUCUUGACACCUAAUACAUUGAUUCAACAGGAAAAUAAACAUCACAGUCAUAAACCUUUUGACAGUAGUAUUGAAAACAGAAAUAUUGUACAAACGAUGAAUCAUCAAGACUUAUUGAUGAGAACACCUACUUUUCCUGUUACUGUUAGUUUAAGUACUACUGAUAUUAACCAUAUUAGUAAUGAGCAACACAUAGUACCAUCGGAUAAACGAUAUUUUAUAAAUCAGUCGGAUAAUAAUAUUAGUAAUAUACAUAAUCUUCCAGGAAUGAAUAAACCCACUCGGUUAAACCGCGACUUACAUUCUUUGCGUUUGUCACCUGUUGUCAGAGUGUGUAGUGAUAAUAUUGAUGGUGAAACAAAUAGUGAUAAAAUUUUAGAACUACGUCAAUAUUCACCUUCAAAAAGACUAUCAUCUUUAUCGUCAUCAUCGUCAUCACCAAACAUCAGUGUGCCGUUCUCAAAUAUAAUGCCCUCCUUAACAGCAUUAUCAUCACGAUCAUCAGUACUAUCGCCGCAGACAAAAUUCUGUCGAUCAGUAUCUAUACCGCUGGAUAAUCCCAGCGGUUCAAUGACAUUAAAACGUGAUAAUAAACGUAAUGAUACAUGUGAAUAUUGCGGUAAAAUAUUUAAAAACUGUAGUAAUUUGACCGUACACAGGCGUAGUCAUACAGGUGAAAAACCAUAUCAAUGUAAAUUAUGCAAUUAUGCUUGUGCACAAUCAUCCAAAUUGACAAGACAUAUGAAAACGCACGGAAAAGAUGGUAAACCGAGAUAUUUGUGUAAAUAUUGUCAUACACCAUUUAUAGUACCCUCGACAUUGGAAAAACAUAUGCGUAAAUGUAUGCAUGGAAAACACGCAUUAGGAUCACAUACUAUUACACGUCAUAAACAAAUAUUAAAACAAAAUUCUCCUGGAAAAUUUAUACAAUCUUGGCUAGUAGCGGCAGCAGCAGCAGCGGCUACAUCUGAUCUUCAUCUGGAGUGUCAAAAGGAAUUGUAG